AUGGGAGAGAGAAUAUAUUAGUUAACUGAAGUAGAAUUUAUAUAGCAUGACUAUGACACUAGUGAUUUUGAUCAUAAAACUAAGGAGCAACCGAGUGCAACUUACACUGAAACUACACCUUCCAUAAGAUCUGAGUAAAUCUUAUCAGUUAGAGAGAGGGCAGAGAAUUAUUUUUAGCACUUGUAGUCUAAGGAGAAAGUUUACGAUAUAUUCAUGAAACUGAUGAAUAAGUUUAAAUAUGAUUAACAGAUGGCAAAAAAGAAAUUAGAAGAAAUGAAUUAGCAAUACAAAAAGGUCAUGCUGCUUAAAUCAGGAGCUGAAGAUGAUUAGGAUCAUCAUGACUAGCUUCUUGAGCAAAGAGAAACUUAGGAGCAUUUAUAUAAAAGAAAUUUGGAUGAAAAUAGAUAAAAAGAGGAGUAGAUUGAUGAAAUGCUUGCAGUUGUAUAUCAUUAUGCAGAUGUAAGCGAGAAAUGGAAAAAUAUCAAAUUUUUAUCUGAAAAAGAAAAGAAGGAGAUGUAAAAUAGAAUGAUAGACAAAUUUGAUGAUCAAAUAUAAGAAGGUCACAUUUAAAAGCUAUAGCAAGAGGGUAAACUUAAGAAACUUUAAUAAAAGGCUCUCAAAAUGGAACAAGAAUUGAAAGACGAGCAUAAUUAUCUCAACCUUCAAAAUAAUCAGCUCAAAGAAUAUGAGAGGUAGUAUGAUAUAUUAUGCUCCGGAUUUAAAAUUGAUGACUUAUUGGAUUUUUCAAAGCGUGCUCAUAAUGUUUUAACUCCUUAAAUGUAAGAAAUGGAGGGUGGGGAGAUGAAGAUUCGUCAUAUUAUGAAUGAAAUAGGAAGAUUACAAUGGGUAAAGAAUAAGUUUCUAGAUGAAUUAAGAGAAACCAAACAUAGAUUUGAAGAGGAAAAAAAGAGAGAAAAAGAAGAAAUGAUUGAGAUGGAAAAUAAAAUGAGGUUUAAGAAUAUAUAGAUUGAUAUAGAGAAAUAAAGACAAAGAAAUAUUGUAAUCAUCCACCUUUUAAUAUCGUUAAUAUAGAUUGAGGAUACUAAAAAUAAUACAGUGCUGAUCUAUAAAAUUUUAGACUAAAUAAUCUAAAUUAGUAAUAGAAUAGACAAAAGGGUCGAUAAUGAACGUUUACCAGCUUAAAUUUACCUUGGAGAGGAUAAAAAAAAUGUGUAGGAGUUUUUAAAUUUUAGAGAAUUAGGAGCGAAAAACGAGGGAUUCGAUGAAUCUAAGAAGAGAACUGUUAUAAAAUCUACUUUAUUUUUAGAAAAGAAGCUAAUAUUUAUUUUCAGAGAUGUUUCAGAAAAACUUGAUCUUAAUGCAAAACUUGAUUAUAUAAGAUUAAAAGGUUUGAUGACAAAGCACAUGAUAAGGAAUUAUAAUGAUAUGAUUUACCACUCUCAAUCAAUUUGCAUUGAGGAAUUCCCUUAAGAUUCUUUAAAGAUAAAGGGAUCAUUAUUAGAAGGUAAAUCUUAUUCAGAAAGCCCACUUGCAAAUAAAGCCAAAGAUUUGCAAAAAAUGAGAACUAGCAGGAGAAUCGUUAAUUUAGAUAUGAUUGCUGUAGAAGCAUCUAGGAUAAAGAAUGUUUUGCAAAUAGAUAAAAAACAUUAAGAGAGUAUGGGUACUCUCCUAAAGGAUGCUAUGAUGCUAAAAUUAUCAUCUUAAGCCCUAUAACUAAAAAGAGAGCAAACUAUAAGCAUUAAUCACAUUAAUGAAAAAAAUGAUGAUUUAAAGAGUAGUUUUGCUGAUGAUGAGCCAAAUAAAAAUUCAAGCAUAAGUGAAAAUAGAGUUGCACUUAGAAUGACUGAUCCAAACGAAUUAUUUGGCAAAGAUGCGUAUAUUCAAGAUAAUAAGUCAAUCAAAAGGAAAUGGCAACUUCAAAAUAUUUCAAGUCUUCAUAAGGUUGAAAAUAAAUUUAGAUAGCUUAAUAUGAUGUAUACUCAUAUCACUAAAAGUGAUCUAGAAUUAAAAAAUAGCAAAGCAUACUUAGAGAGACUUAUAGUGAACAAAAAGCCAGGAUAAAUUAGUAAUACCACCUAAAACUUGAGUUCAGUUUCACUUCAUAAAAAAUUAACCAUAAAUAUCAACGAUAUUAAGCAAAAGGGUUCUAGUAGAUAACUAUCUAAUAUAUCUGAAAGUAGUUCAAGAAAUGGAGGAGGAGCCAUUGGAUCUAAGGUAAAGUUUGACAAGAAUAUUAUGGAACAAUAGAAAAAGCCUAGGAAAAAUCAUAUUCCAGGUACAAUUUCUCAAGAGUAAAUAUAAAGGCAACAAAAGAGACUAAAUUCUGCAUCCUCGAGAUAAAUAAACCAUAUUCUCAAUAAAUAAUCUCAAGAUAUAUUAAAUAGUACGAAACUUGACUCUGCUGGGAUGUCCUAAACAAAUAUUAAUCUAUAUUCAAACGGGGACGAUGAGUACACAAGACACCAUUUUAGUAAUAUCAAUAGUGGUAGUCCUAGCAUCAUUUCGCAGAAGAAAUUCGGAGGCAGAAGAUCUUAAAGAGAUGAUAGCCAAAUAUAAUUUGCCUCAGACAAAAAAUAAAAAGAAAAUUUUAUAAAAACGUUUAACAAAGAGCAAAUGAGACUCAGACCAACAACAGCUAUUACAGGAUAUAAGAAAAACAGCAAAGAUUUGGCAACUCCAAAGACUACUAAACUAUUGAAUAACAAUUACUUCUCACAAACGAAUGAAAGACUAAACACUAGCAGUAGAUCUCAUCGAUCAACAAACUCUAGAAGAAAUAGCCAGUCAUUUACACAUUUACAAUCCUAGAAACAUGCACCACUAUUCUUGACAAAGCAUACAUUAAAUGCUUACAAACCUCAACCAAUUAAAAGAUUGCUUAAAGAUAAAAAAUCAUAAUUAAGCAAUGUUGAUAAGCAAAUUCAUGCUAAACAAUAGAAAUUGGAAUAGCAUUAUAUGAGAAGAGUUUUUUCUGCUGAAGAUCUUGAUAAAGAACCUUCAAGACCAGUUGAAGAUGAGCUUAAUAUGGAGAAGGUAAAAGAUGACUUGAGGCAGGAAAAAAUGAAGGAAAUUCUGAUAAAGAAAAACAAAAUUAUGAUGAAUCGUAACAUUCCAAACCAUCUAAAAUCAUAUAUCCACUCUCUAAAAUCUUGA